AUGUCCAUCCACAAUGUGCGUAGCGAGGCUCGCGUGGUCGCUGCAACCCUUGCCCUGGACGACACUGCGAGCAAGUUGGUGUAUGCCAACAAGCGCCACGCAGAGGCUAAUGGUCAUCCUUUUGGCUGGGAGGAGUUCAAAGCUGCCAUGUUGGCGGCAUUCCUGAGUCAGCCCCCGGCGCUCGAGGUGCGUAGCCGCCUGGAGAACAUCCAGUGCGGUGACCAGCCUGUACGCGAGUACGCCAAGGAGUUUGAGAAAACUCUGUCGCUGCUGAAGACUGCUCUUCCUGAGAGCGAGGUCAUCCACCAGUUCUUCAAGGGCCUCCCUGAGCACAUCAAGCGUGUGCAUGUUGUGCGCGGGGAGCACCAGUGGAGGACCUACAAGGAGUGCAAAGAGCAGGUCAUAGAUACGGAUGAUCCUCAGGAUGAGGAUAAGCCCCCGGCGGGCUGUCGCAUCUGUGGCAAGCUCGGCCACAAGUCCUAUCACUGCCGUUGGAGGAAGUCCGUUAAGAACUCCGACAAGCCCAACCAGGGCAAGAAGCCGGAUGGUUCUGGCCAUUCGGGCCCGAAGGAUUUUCCGAAAUCCAACUAG